UCCCCAAAGCAUAUAAACAGAUUUACUCAUGAAAAAUACCCACUAACAGACAAAGUAUAAUGUCAAUGUUUCCGACUAAUCCUCAGCCCGCCUCCCUCUUGAUAAUCUGAUUAGCAGUAGCAUUGGACUGUCUGUCUCUGUGUAGCCAUUACAAUCUCUACUGUGCAUUUAUAGAAUUGAGGACAACAGGAAUUAGCUACAGACCCAGACACAGACGCCACAAUUGAAGUGUUUGGAUUGUUAGUUCUGCCAUGACCAAAGGUUUGAGCCACCAUGCCUGUGUUUUACUCGCCUGUACCGGAGAACCUGCAGAUGGGUCUUGCCUACAUGGGAGGCUCUGUGUUCACAAACAACAGGACAGCGGACAGUGACUUCAGCAGGGACCAGGAGGAUGCAUCUGUGGUCAACGAGUUGGUUUCUCACCUUCCCCUUCAAAUGCUCUUGUACUUCAACCUCUUUUACUUUCCUUGUUGGUGGUUUUCUGCUGUGUUCAUGUUGGAAGUGAAAUAUUUCUAUCUUCCUGGAUACUACCAGGCUCUGCUCAUAACUGGGUUGGUCCUUGUCACAGUGAUUGAAGUGAUCCGACUCUACCUGGGCUACCUUGGCAACCUUAAUGAAAAGGUGCCAGCCCUGGCAGCCUUCUGGCUCCUGUCUUUCACGUUCCAGCUGCCCGUGCUGCUGUUCUUCAUCACAGAUGAAGGCGUUAUCAUUCUGCCUCUGGAGAGAGCCGUCCACUCCAUCUAUCUUAUUUUCCUGCUCGCCCAAAUCCUGGCUUCCUUCUUGGCGCUGAGGACAAUGACCCGAAAGCUCACCCUUCUCUUCCACCUGCGGCAAUUUGGCAAGGUGGAGAGCUUGCGGCAUGCAGAGAUGAGUCCCAUCUACGGGCUUCCCUAUAACCGCAGUGUGCUUCCAGUUUCACCCACUCAUUAAAGACAGGCAACAGUCUUUCUUACAUGACUUUGGUUUUAAUAAAACAUCCACUGGGAUUUUUUUUUUUUUAUUACAAUGGUAGCAUACUUGCCCAUGAAAUGAGUUUGAUAACAAAAUGACAAUUUCAGAGUUAGUAGCUAAAACAAUAAAAAUAGGCUUAGUUGCUAUUUGUAAAUGCUUUGCUCUUAAGUUUUGUAUGUAAACUUAAGAGCAUUGAAUCAUUCAAUUCAACUUAGCAAUUUAAUGAUUGACUUGUUUUUAUUGUAUCCCACAGAUUGUUAGGAUUAUUAUGAGUGGAUUGUUCUGCAGCAUUUUAAGCCACUGUAAUGUACAAUAUGAUCCAUAAGAUGUAAAAUAACAGUGUGCUUAAAUAGAUGGAAAGCAUAGUUUCAGCACCAGUGAAAAUGACAAAGGCUGAUACGAUGUCAAACUGUCAAAACCUGACUUGGCUUUUAAGGUGAAAUGGAAAACAUGAUCAAACAACAAGGCUUUCUUCAGACAAAGGUUAUUUUCUUUAAUCUUGAUGAAUGACACAGGAUGAAAAUUUGCCAGAACCUGAUUUUUUUGCAGAGGCAGAUCUAAUUUUUGUCUUGCUCCUUAGACAAGAGUUCAAAGCAACCUGCUCUGGCUUUUCUAACCAAAAGUGUUUUCUGUACAGUUGUGCCAUAUUUAUUGGCAGAACUUUAAUUAUAGAAACUUUUAAGUAGCAGGAGUAUUUUUUUUAUUUCAUACUUUAACUUUUGAAGUUUGAACUGAAGUUGAUCAAAGCAUCUUGAAAUUUGUAUUAAUUAAUUGAGGACAUCCUGUUUCCCCCUGUGGUCUUGUGAUUUUUUUUUCUAAUUUGAAAUCUAAUGAAAUUAAAGGUAAAGCUUUUAAACCAUGACAAA